UUCUGACGGAUCGGGCUCCGCUAGAUCUCUCUCUCUCUCACACACACACACACACAGUUACCCCAGAGAGGGAGAGGUCUAUCUGCGGACAGCCGACACCUCCAGAUGAGCAUGCAUUGUGAAUUAUUGGAAGAUUCAGACAUGGAUUCAACAGAAAGUUGGAUUGAAAGGUGCCUCAGUGAGAGUGAAAGCAAACGGUUUCCAAACCAUGCCUCGUUGGGGAACGUGUCCAUUGGUGAGGAACAUGAAGAGAAGGAAAACAACCGGGCCUCGAAACCGCACUCAACCCCGGCCACUCUGCAAUGGCUUGAGGAGAACUAUGAGAUUGCAGAAGGGGUCUGUAUACCUCGCAGUGCUCUGUACAUGCAUUACCUGGACUUCUGUGAGAAGAAUGAUACACAGCCGGUUAAUGCUGCAAGCUUUGGCAAGAUAAUUCGACAGCAAUUUCCACAACUAACGACCAGAAGAUUAGGAACAAGAGGCCAGUCAAAAUACCAUUAUUAUGGGAUAGCAGUGAAGGAGAGUUCGCCCUAUUACGAUGUGAUGUAUUCCAAAAAAGGAGCAGCUUGGGUAAACGAAACAGGGAAGAAAGAAGUGGCAAAGCAGACGGUGGCGUAUUCACCACGAUCCAAGCUGGGUACCUUGCUGCCAGAGUUUCCAAAUGUCAAAGAUCUAAAUCUGCCAGCAAGCCUCUCGGAGGAGAAGGUUUCCACCUUCAUUAUGAUGUAUAGAACUCAUUGUCAGAGAAUCCUAGACACAGUGAUCAGGGCAAAUUUCGACGAGGUUCAAAGCUUCCUUCUGCAUUUUUGGCAAGGAAUGCCCCCCCACAUGCUCCCGGUGCUGGGCUCCUCCACUGUCGUGAACAUUGUUGGUGUUUGUGACUCUAUAUUGUACAAGGCAAUCUCCGGAGUUUUGAUGCCCACUGUGCUGCAGGCAUUACCAGACAGUCUGACACAGGUGAUUCGUAAAUUCGCUAAACAGCUGGAUGAGUGGCUCAAAGUUGCACUUCAUGAACUUCCUGAAAAUUUAAGAAAUAUCAAAUUUGAAUUGGCAAGAAGAUUUUCGCAGGUUCUUAGACGUCAGACCUCAUUAAAUCACCUCUGUCAGGCAUCGCGGGCAGUCAUUCACAGUGCAGAUAUAACUUUCCAAAUGUUGGAGGACUGGCGAAAUGUGGAUCUGAAUAGCAUCACCAAACAGACCCUGUACACUAUGGAGAAUUCUCGAGAGGAGCACAGGAAGCUCAUUGUGAAAUUGUAUCAGGAAUUUGAUCAUCUUUUAGAGGAGCAGUCACCCACUGAGUCCUACAUUGAAUGGCUGGAUUCCAUGGUGGACAGAUGUGUUGUCAAGGUUGCUGCACAGAGGCCUGGCAGUUUGAAGCGACUGGCACGGCAGUUCCUGUUGAUGUGGUCCUGCUUUGGGACAAGAGUUAUUCGGGACAUGACAUUGCACAGUGCGCCGAGCUUUGGCUCCUUUCACCUAAUCCACCUGACAUUUGAUGACUACGUACUUUAUCUCCUGGAAUCUCUGCACUGUCAGGAGAGAGCAAAUGAAUUAAUGAGAGCAAUGAAAGGAGAAGGCAGCUCAGGAGACAGAAGGGAAGAGGUGGGACAGUCAGAUCAUAGCCCUCCGACGCAAUCCCCUGUCCCUUUCUCUCCUGCAAAAUCUGUCACUGCUGAAAUUCAACCGGCCUCACCAGUCAGCAGCCAGUCACCCGAAUACACUGGAUUAACAGCACCAGGAGCAGUUCAAUCAUAUACAUGGUCUCUGACAUAUACAGUUACGACAGGCUCUGCCCCUCCCGAUAGCCCACAACAGCUACCCUGUAUGAGAAGCAAUAAUGUGCCUACAGCAUCCUCAACUCACCGGAUGCCAGUCUACCCACACAGAGAGGAACAUGGGUACACAGGAGGGUACAACUAUGGUAGUUACAGCAAUCAACCCCCUCUUCCCAUUCAGAGUCAGUAUCCAACCCUAACACAUGACAGCCUCUCUUCUCCACUGCCAUAUCCAGCUUACCACAGGAGUAGCUCACAGUACCCUUUCAACAGCCAGACACCGAGGAUGGAGCCUUGCUUGAUGAGCAGCACCCCAAGGCUGCAUUCUUCUCCCGUCACACCUCGCUGGCCCGAAAUGCCUGCGGCUAACAGCUGUUACCCUAGCCCCACCAUGCAUUCAGCACGGUACGGUAACUCGAGUGAGAUGUACACGCCCCUGGUUCCCCGGAGGAGUGCCGAGUAUGAACAUGCACAGCAUUUUCCUGGCUUUGCCUAUAUCAACGGCGAAGCGACCACCGGGUGGGCCAAAUAACUCUCUCCUGCAAUGGUCAUCACAUCCAGACAGUGGAAAUAUAGUCCCACAAAUACCUGGUCAACUACGAAUUGCCACUGAAAGCAAUGCAUGAAGGAAACGAGACUUUUUUUUAAAAAACACGUUCUGUCCAUAGGGAUUUGAAGAAAGCCCUGGCGGCAUUAGCAUCUCUGUGUAAAGCUGAGACUGAUCAAUUGGAUCAGAAAUGAUGAGCUGGGAAGAUGGGGUAAUUACUUCUUAUAAGUUGUGCAGUAGCACUGUCUGCAAUGUGGACAUCUGCACAUAUAAACUAUUGCUUAUUUGUUUAACACGUGGUCAUGCUCUCUUUGGGAUUUAACAUUUUUGUAGCUUGUCUGCAGUUAAAGGUACAAGUGGGCGAUCCGUGGGAUCACCUCACCAACCCUCCGCCGGAUGCCUCGAGGAGAUGUGGACCCCAGGAAGGGAGUGUGGCUCAUUACCUGCAAACUAUCAACAAACCUCCGCGUCUCAGUCCCAAUCAUGAAGAUAGACUUAUCGCUCCCUGUACUACCUGCCUUUCCUCCUCGCUGAUGUGAUGGUAUGACCCUUGGGAGACCCCGGUAUCGCCUGAUGCCCUGCAGAAUGCAGGGGACAAUGUGUUUAAGCGUACCUAUCUUUCCCUGUUGAAGACCAGCAACGUGCUGGCCACCAGUUUUUCCACUUGGAUGUAAUUCUGCACUGCACAACGACAAGAGGUACAGUACUGUGGACAUCUUCAACAUUCGCUUGCGUCUUUGCAUAGCCACAUAAAACUCUUAAGAUUCUUGAAGCUGUGCCUUAGAAACCAUGUUGUGUAUGUGUGAAAAUAUGUAUCUAAUUUUCUAUUGUAUUUUUGACAGACUAUUUUGUAGAAAUAAUAUUUCUUUAGCCUGUCUCCCUAGUGUGUGUGUAUACUGUUUUCAUCAUGGUUAAUUAACAUAGCACCUGUAUGUUUUGCGAUUACAAAAUGCGGUCAGCAGAUUUUAUGGACAUAUUACCCUAUGGGUAAGGAGAAUAAUUGAAAGAUAACACAAGAAACUCUAGGCUUUUUUGUCUUGUAAAUAAAAGCACUGAUAGCACCAAGUGUGGUAACUAUGGCUGUGGAUAAAUUUGAAGUACAUAGUAUUAUUUGUACAGAUGUGCAAGAUAUA